AUGAAGAGAGUGGGGACGGUGGGGGAGGGAGGCGGAGGGGGCUUCAUUUACUCGAGGCACCUGAGGGAGACCCAGCCCGUACCCACUGCCCACCCACUGCCCGCCCACAGCCCUCCCCACCACUACUGGAGGCCUGUGACAGCGCGCUCUGCAGAGAACACAUGUGCACUGACAGACGACUGCAGACACGUGGCCUACAGACUCUGA